CAUGAUGAUCAUGGGAAGCUGAAGAAGAAUAACAGUGUACAGUGAGGCAGCCACAACUGAAAUUAAUGAAAUAAAUCAGCGGAAGUCAGGGCACCGAGCUACCGGGGGCCACUAUGGCCAACAUCACGAAGAAAGUGUCGUGGUCCAGCCGGGCCGACGAGUCCGGGGCCACGGCGGAGGGAACCCCGCUGCUGAACGGUUCCGAGCAGCCCCGACCCUCCAGACAGCUGUCGAGAGGCGGUAUAUUUCAGAUAGGCAGACUGAGCACGGUGGAUUUGGAGGAGGAGAUGACGUCUGAAGAGGAAUCUCUGAGAGGGCGGCCUAAAGAGAUCCCUCAUAAUGAGAAGCUGCUGUCACUUAAAUUUGAGAGUCUGGACUAUGAUAACAUUGAGAACCAGCUGUUUCUGGAGGAGGAGAGGAGGAUGAGUUACAUGGGUUUCCGCUGUCUGGAGAUCAGUCGCUGGGUGGUUUGUGGUCUGAUCGGCUUCCUGACCGGCCUCAUCGCCUGCUUCAUCGACAUCGCGGUGGAGGAACUUGCUGGGAUCAAAUACCGAGUGGUCAAACAGAACAUCGAGAAGUUCACAGAGGUUGGCGGCCUGUCGAUCUCCCUCAUCCUCUGGGCCGUCCUCAACUCCGCCAUCGUCAUGAUGGGGGCCAUCCUCGUUGCAUUUUUCGAGCCCAUAGCAGCAGGAAGUGGGAUCCCUCAGAUCAAAUGUUACCUCAAUGGAGUCAAGAUUCCUAGGGUGGUACGACUCAAGACCCUGGUGGUGAAAGUGUUCGGUGUUAUCUGUUCAGUGGUUGGCGGUCUUGCUGUCGGAAAGGAAGGACCCAUGAUUCACUCUGGUGCUGUUGUAGCUGCAGGAGUCUCACAGGGCAGGAGCACCUCUUUAAAGAGAGACUUCAAGAUCUUUGAAUACUUCCGGAGAGACACUGAGAAAAGAGACUUUGUUUCUGCUGGAGCUGCUGCCGGUGUUUCAGCUGCUUUUGGAGCUCCAGUCGGCGGCGUCCUGUUCUCUCUGGAGGAGGGAGCUUCUUUCUGGAACCAGAUGCUGACCUGGAGGAUAUUCUUCACCUCCAUGAUCUCCACCUUCACCCUGAACUUCUUCCUCAGUAUCUACAACAACAAACCAGGAGACCUCUCCAACCCGGGUCUCAUCAACUUCGGGCGCUUUGAGAGCGAUACUGGGUCCUAUAACCUCUAUGAGAUUCCCCUGUUCAUCGCUAUGGGAGCUUUGGGUGGAUUGUUAGGCGCUCUGUUCAACAAACUGAACUACUGGCUGACCAUCUUCAGGAUCAGGUACGUUCAUCGGCCGUGUUUACAAGUGAUGGAGGCCAUGUUGGUUGCUGCAGUGACCGCGGCCGUGUCGUUCACCAUGAUCUACUUCUCCAAUGACUGUCAGCCUCUGGGGCCCGAGCACAAAGAGGAGUACCCACUGCAGUUGUUCUGUGCAGAUGGAGAGGUAAACUCCAUGGCAACAGCCGUCUUCAACACUCCUGAGAAAAGCGUCCGCAGCCUCUUCCACACACAAGCAGGGACCUACAAUCCGUUGACCCUGGGUUUGUUCACCAUCACUUAUUUCUUCCUGGCGUGUUGGACGUACGGCCUGGCGGUGUCUGCGGGGGUCUUCAUCCCUGCUCUGCUGAUAGGAGCCGCCUGGGGGAGACUGUUCGGCAUCCUGCUGGCCUCCAUCACUCCCAAUGGCUCGAUCUGGGCGGACCCUGGUAAAUAUGCUCUGAUUGGAGCCGCAGCUCAGUUAGGUGGCAUAGUGAGGAUGACUCUCAGUUUGACCGUCAUCAUGGUGGAGGCGACAGGAAACGUUACGUACGGUCUUCCCAUCAUGCUCGUCCUCAUGACUGCCAAGAUAGUAGGGGACUAUUUUGUGGAGGGUCUGUAUGAUAUCCACAUCAAGCUGCAGAGCGUCCCCUUCCUGCACUGGGACGCUCCCGCCACCUCCCAUUGGUUAACAGCCAGAGAGGUGAUGAGUGCCCCGGUCACCUGUCUGAACAGGAUAGAGAAAGUGGGGACCAUCGUGGACGUCCUUAGCAACACGUCCACCAAUCACAACGGCUUCCCGGUCGUCAUGCAGGGCGCUGAUAGUGACGAGCCGUCGAAGCUCUGCGGCCUCAUCCUCCGCUCUCAGCUCAUCGUUCUUCUCAAGCACAAGGUGUUUGUGGAGCUGGCUCGCUCCCGGCUGACUCAGAGGAAGCUCCAGCUGAAGGACUUCAGGGACGCGUACCCCCGCUUCCCCCCCAUCCAGAGCAUCCACGUGUCCCAGGACGAGAGGGAGUGCAUGAUGGACCUCACCGAGUUCAUGAACGCAACGCCUUACACUGUGCCACUGGAAACUUCUCUUCCUCGUGUGUUUAAGCUGUUCAGAGCGCUGGGACUCAGACACCUGGUGGUAGCGGAUGAUGUGAACAGGGUGGUUGGUCUGGUGACUAGGAAAGAUUUGGCCAGAUAUCACCUGGGUAGACACGGACUGGAGGAGCUUCAGCUGGCUCAUACAUAGUACACACACACACACACACACACACACACACACACACACACACACACACACACACACACACACACACA